CUCUCUCUCUCUUUCUCUCUCUCUCUCUCUCUCCAGAAAAGCUCACUUUCUAUCAGAAAGACACUGGAAAGGCUGAGAUAUAGUGAUCAGAAGUUCUCCAUUUCUUAUUCUUCCUCUCGCUCUUCGCUUGUAAAUUAACCAUGAAUUUCCUCAACCAGCUCACACAAAAAUCCAACUCAACCUCAAAGAGCAAGAAGAAGAAUCAGCAGCCACAGCAGCAGCAGCAGCAAAAACAAAGCCAGCAAGAACCAACAAGGUUCCUCGGGGUGCGUAGACGGCCCUGGGGCCGGUACGCGGCCGAGAUAAGGGAUCCUUCCACCAAGGAGAGGCACUGGCUCGGCACCUUCGACACCGCGGAGGAGGCCGCCCUGGCCUACGACAGGGCGGCCCGGUCCAUGCGCGGGUCCCGCGCCCGCACCAACUUCCUGUACCACGACACCCCGCCCGGUUCCUCGGUCACCUCCAUCGUGUCCCCAGACGACCAGAAAUCGCAAGAAGACCUUUCUGCCCUCUUCCAGCUGAAUUAUCCACACCAUGACCAAAACACAAACACCAACCAAAUCUUCUUCGGUGCAGGCGGCGGUUAUGACGAAAACCACCACCAUCACCACCGGCCGGUCAAUGCCUCCUGCCAGCUCUCCAGCGAGGGAUUCUUCCCUGUUCCGGGAGACGAGUGGAUUCAGCGCAGUGUCACUGACACCGAUCAAUAUUCAAGUUACAAUCAAGAGCACAGUAGCAUCACAGAGGAUGAUCAUUAUGGUUUCACCAUGCAAAGUGGAGGUGUUGUGUCAUCCCACCACCAACACUACUUUGGUGGCAGCGGCGGCGAGGCGGAACUCCCACCACUGCCGCCUGAUUUUUCGACCUGCUAUGGCUCCGACGCCAGUCAUGGUAGCACUGUCUGGAAUCAUGACUACUCGAGCUUUCUUGGCGAUGGUAGUAUUAACUCGGAGCAGACAAUCGCAACGACUGGCUAUUCGAUGGGAGGCGGCACCGGGUAUAAUGGGUCGUACUCGGGAUUUGAUUCGAGCAAGGAGUUUCAGCAGCAGCAGCCGUACAGCCCAUUGUUUGGGGUGGUAUCAGAUGAUUUUGACUUGGGUUCUUCAUCCUCGUCUUCAUCCACUUAUUACAACUUCUAAAUUAACAACUCCUUCCUCUUCCUCUUCCUCAUUACUUUUUUUUUUUUUGGGUUUUUGUGUGUGGAGUAAUUACUUAUCGUGAGUCCCACAGAAAUGCGUGAUUGUGAAGGAGUGCUGAGGCAUCACGUGACGGCACACCUCAAAAGCACCCAACAGUUUCCAUGUGUGCGACUUUGUUUUUGUUUUUUUAGCUAAAUAAUUUCUGGAUUGUGAGUUUGUAUGUUGAGUUUCAGUCAUGGUCAAUGAGACCAUAUAAAUAUAUCUAUAUAUAAAUGAUAAUAUUCGGCCUUCUAACUAUGCUAUCUAUUUAGGCUGGAGGGGGAUUGCUGUUUGUUCUAA